CGGCCACUAUAAGGCCGGCCCGACUGCGACACAGCCCGUCCCCUCCGCCACUCCCUUCGUGCUUCGCUGUCUCCCGCGCGCUCCAGGCCCAGCCCUCAGCCAUGGCAUCCCCGGCCCCCCUGGAUCAGGCCAUUGGCCUUCUUGUGGCCAUCUUCCACCAGUACUCUGGCAGGGAGGGUGACAAGAACACCCUGAGUAAGAAGGAGCUGAAGGAGCUGAUCCAAAAGGAGCUCACCAUUGGCCCGAAACUGCAGGAUGCAGAAAUUGCAAAGCUGAUGGACGACUUGGACCGGAACAAGGACCAGGAAGUGAACUUCCAGGAGUACGUCACAUUUCUGGGGGCCUUGGCUUUGAUCUACAAUGAUGCCCUCAAGUGCUAAAGACAAAUUGGGAAGGUGGAGACCCCUCCUAAGGGCCUGAGUCAAAUCCAGUGGUGGGUAAUUGCAUGAUACAAUAAAUAUUUUUAUUCAAAUCUA